CACGGGCCAGGCCAAGCCUGACAUGCCGUCCGCCGCGCUCAUAUCUCCUUUCGUCUACUCCGUCCAGUCCCAACUCUCCACCGGCGGCAGGAGGCGCCGGCGCUAGCCCGUGGCGAGAUGAGCGGCGGGAGCGUAAGCGCCGUGUUUUAUGCGGACAAGUACCACCCGAUCCAGGCCGGCAGCAUCGACGGCACGGACGUCGCGCCCCACGAUAACGCCGUCCUCCGCGCCCUCAUCUGCUCUCAGGCCGGCCUCUACGACCCUUUCGGCGACCCCAAGGCCUCCGGCGACCCCCACCGCACGGUUUUCGUCGGCCGCCUCUCGCGCCAGACCGACGACGACACGCUUCGGAAGGCGAUGAGCAGGUACGGGAGGGUGAAGAGCAUGCGGUUGGUGCGUGACAUUGUUACAGGUGCUUCUCGUGGUUAUGCAUUUGUUGAGUAUGAAACUGACAGAGAGAUGCAUCGUGCCUAUGAGGAUGCACACCAUUCAGUUAUUGAAGGCAGUGAAGUGAUUGUUGAUUACUACAGGCAACAGCUUAUGCCUGGGUGGAUACCAAGGCGGCUAGGAGGGGGGCUUGGUGGAAUGAAAGAAUCUGGACAGCUUCGCUUUGGAGGCCGAGAGAGGCCAUUUCGUGCUCCCUUGCGACCUAUUCCUUAUGAUGAACUGAAGAAGCUUGGGAUCCCACCGCCACCUGAAGGGCGAUAUAUGACACGUUAUCAGGUUCCACCACCACCAAGGCGGAAGAGCAGCAAUAUUGACAUUGAAGAUUCACCUCCUGGGAGAAGAUCCAAGGACAGAGCCGGGGUUAGUACCUACAGAAGGCAAAGAAGUUCUAAUGACGAUGAUGAAACCCUUCUCAAGAGGAAAAGCAGCCGAGACGGGCUAGAAGAAUCACAAAGUCGGAGGAGCGCAAGAUCAUCCAUUACCAAGGAGGACAACAGGUACAGCAGUCAGAGGAAGUCCAAGGAACAUGACAAAGGUCAUCGCAAGCACAGACGAAGCCAAGAUCCGGGCGAAGUAUCUCCUCCAGCAGAGGAAGACGGUAGCUAUGAAAGGCAGAGAACUUUAGAAGAACCUGAUCGCAGCCCUGAUCGGUACCAUCACCACUGGCAUCACAGGGAUGAUACAUAUGAGAGCAGACACUUGCGCCACAGGGAUCAUCGCAAGCGUAGACGAAGCCAAGAACCGGGCGAAGUAUCUCCACCAGAGGAAGACUGUAGCCAUGAAAGGGAGAGAACUUCAGACGAACCUGGUCGCAGCCCUGAUCGGUACCAUCACCACUGGCAUCAAAGGGAUGGUACAUAUGAGAGCAGACACUCACGCCACAGGGAUCAUCGCAAGCGCAGACGAAGCCAAGAGCCAGGCGUAUCUCCACUAGAGGAAGACAGUAGCUAUGAAAGGGAAAGAACUUCAGACGAACUUGGUCGCAGCCCUGAUUGGUACCAUCACCAUCGGCAUCACAGGGAGGAUACAUAUGAGAGCAGACACUCUCACCACAGGGAUCGCCGACGCCAUGGUGACCGGCAUCGCACCAAGAGAAGCGAGAGUCGAGAUUACAGGGACUAGGCAACUCUCACUCGCACCACAGGGAUCCCCGACGCCAUGGUGACCGGCAUCACACCAAGAGAAGUGAGGGUCGAGAUUACACUCUCCAGUUUCCUAGACUACAAUGUUUCAUUAUGUAAACUUGAUUGUUUUUCGUACUCCUUGAUCUAGUAAGGUUUACUGUUGCCCUGUAGUCUCUUUCAUGAGAAUGUAUUCCUGUACCGAAUUUUAUAUGUUUGGUUUUGUUGUUGAC